UGCGCCGACAACGUAGCAGUUUCAGUAAUGGCGUCUGUGGCUGAGAUGCGCUUGGCUUUGGAAAAAUGAAGCGUAGAAGAACUUAUUUCUUUUAUUGAAAACGCGGGGUUUCCAUCAGUGAACUUUGCGUCGGAAGGCUGUGUCAUCUCCCGGAGGUUCGAGCUCUGAUACUAGUCCCUGUCGUACCGAGAUGAUGAAGCUGAAGUCCAACCAAACUCGCACAUAUGAUGGAGAUGGUUAUAAGAAAAGGGCCGCUUGCCUGUGCUUUAGGAGCGAGACCGAGGAGGAGGUGUUGCUGGUGAGUAGCAGUCGACAUCCAGACAAGUGGAUUGUACCAGGAGGGGGAAUGGAGCCGGAGGAAGAGCCCAAUGUUGCUGCUGUCCGAGAAGUUUGUGAAGAGGCUGGUGUCAAGGGCACUUUAGGAAGACUAGUAGGAAUUUUUGAGAAUCGAGAUAGGAAACACAGGACAUAUGUGUAUGUUCUCAUCGUAAAAGAAGUACUGGAAGACUGGGAGGACUCUGUAAACAUCGGAAGAAAAAGGGAAUGGUUUAAAAUAGACGAUGCCAUACAAGUGUUGCAGUGUCACAAGCCAGUUCAGGCCACCUACUUCGAGGCUCUACAGGAGGGCUGCCUGACCAGUAACGGGACGCCUCUAGUGGCCACGAUAGGUGGAGACCUUUCGCCCACCUACAACAUUAAUCAGAGCUCUGUCUCUGAUAUCAGAUAACUAAUACACAACACUGACACUCCGGAUGCUUCCGCCACCACUCUCGCUCUUAUUCUUUCAGUAUUUUUUUUUCUCUCUUUGCGCUCUCUCUCUUCUUUUUCCUUUAAAAAUGGUUUGCCUUGCCAACCCUUUGUGAGUGCCAGAAAGGUGGCACAAACUUGACAAGUGUUGGGUAAAUAUUCAAAAACUUGUUUUGUAAAUGUAAAUUUAAUGUUUGUCUCUCUACUCUGAUUUCUCACCUCCUCCCCCCCCUACAAAUGGACAGUUGCAUGAAAUACUCUUUCCCCUCCUCUUCCUUUUCUCCCUUUAGUGCCCUCUACGUGGCCCAAGUGUGAGGUUAAAUGAAUGCAAGAACUACUUUUUACUGUUGUGAUGUAAAUACACAUAGCCUAGUACUUACGCUUGAGGCUUUUAAUAUUUUUAUGCGUUCAUUUUCCUGUAUGUGAGAGUGAGUGAGCACGUAUUAGUGUGCGUGUGAUGGUGUAUGUAUGUGUUUGUUCUCUGAACCACCCCACAGUGAGAAGGAAAUGCUUAGCUGCCUGAACGGAUGGAAAUGUGAGAAGUCAGUCGUUUUUGCAUGAGCACUGAUAUUUAUUUGUCUUACGAGUUUGGGUGAUCUGAUGAAUGUUCAACCUGUAUUUGGUGUCGGUAGGUCUUUUGAGUAAUCUUUUUCUCCCCCUUUUUGCCCCUUUUGGCAUUUUGUAAAUAUCUUGUGAGCUGAAGAAAUACAGAUGGCUGACUUAUGCUUGUUCCCUGACUAGAGAGUGGAGCCUAAGUCUUUGAAUAUGCUGACUUUAAAGGGAUAGUUCAAACAAACAGUCAACACAGGCAUGCUAGCAUGCAAAUCGGUUUGUUUCAUGCCACCCUUGCGUCCGCUUAUUGUUGGGCCAUGUUAGCGUUUUUGCCUAGCGCAUCCAUCCAAGUCAGACUACCCUUUGGAACCUCAAUCAAAAGGCUGUGGGAGCAUACGUAUGCUUUUUGUGGCCAGAAGAGAGUCCUACAUGUUCAUUAUAAUAUUAAGAGGUCCUUGAGGUUUAGCAUGUCGCUGCUGAUAUCGCAUGCAAGCCUCUAUUUAUUUCAGUGUUUUGAUGGUGUGCCAGUGAGAAAUGGUCUUUAAAAAAGAAAAUUUGCUAGUUAUUUCCUAAAUUUCAAUGGCAAAACCACUAAAACCAGAAUUAUUUUGAAUGGCAAGGUUCUGGAAUUUAUGUCAAGUUUGGCGACAGAGGUGGAUGUAACCAGAAGGUUCUGUAGAGAAGAACCCCAGAUAGGCACAUAUCAAACUAUUUUCUCUUUUUUUUUAUUUAUUAGCAGGCAACAAACUUCAAAUGGGCCCACUGUAAUACUUUUUUCUUUUUUGUGGACCCAAAUUAGGUGGAAUACAAGUCCAAGACACUAGGCUACAAAGUUGUGCUUCAAAGCCCACUGGGUAAUUUUAAGUUCAGAAAGCUGAGGGCACUUUUUAGUUUAGUCAAAGGUAGCAGUUCCUUUGAAUGUGUCCAACAGAAAACCCACACACCUUAGUCGUCCCUCAAUUUGUUUUAAGCUUGUAAAAAGGCUCAUGUCAACUGCAUGAAGGCACAAAUAGUUAAUGCUGCCUCUUGUUAACUGUGGUUUUCAAUGGAAGAGUUGUAUCUCAUACCGUGUUGAUUUGGGCAGAUGAAGGUGUUGCAUAGCCCUCAUUAAUAUCCAACAAUGAUCUUUGCAGUAGUCUUUUUUUUUUUUCUUCAUCUCUUAAGGGAAUUGUUGAAUCCACAUCUUCAUUCAAGUGCCCCAUACCUGCUUGACCUGCUUGACAGCAAGAACUAACACUCUUUCUAACAUGAUGCAGAGCUAAACAAGGCUUGUACAGACAAGAGACCUUGUUUUAACAUGUAAAAAAGUGGUUUCGAACUGUAAGCUUUGUUUUUUCCCUUCUCUUUUCCUCUUUAAACCAUUUAGUAAGUCGUCUUAGCCAGACUGCUUACCUGCCCUUCUGACAGCAAGCAGCAGUUGGCACAAUACUGUGAAUCUGGAGCCACUGUAGUUAGCCAUUUAUUUUUUUUCCCCCUUCUGCAUAGGUCAAACACAAAAAUAUUAAAUUUACAGAAAAAUUACAGUACAUGUGGUUUGAGGUUGGGUAUGGUACAUGUGAGUUUCUGGUCAUUGGCUAUGGAACUGAAAGGUCCCAAGCAGGAUGUUUGAGCUGUUAUAGAGCAGCCGUUCUCAAACCGGUUCUUGCGGACUGGUUGUAGAGAAUUGGCAGCUAAAGCAGUCCCACCUUUAUUUUAUUUUUUCUGCAUGAUUGUUAAUCCAGAAUUAAAUCUACAUACUUAAUGAUGGUUCUUCAGGGGGGCUUUCGUAAAGAUAAUGGUUCUAUAUAGAACCAUGAACACUCAAAGAACCCUGUAUACGAUUUAAAAAGUUCUUUGCGUCAUGAAAGUGUUCUUCAGAUUGAUGGAGAAUUGUGCUGUAGAUGGUUCUUCUAUUGUAAUAAGACAGACAUCGUAACAAUAGAAGAACCGUUUUGGUGCUAUAUAGAACCCUUUUCAAAAAGGUUCUAUAUAGAACCAUCUACAGCACGUUCUUCAUCAAUCUGAAGAGCUUUUCAUGAUGCAAAGAACACUUUAAUCAUGCAAAGGGUUCUCUGAAAGUUCGUUUCUAUAUAGAACCAUUUUGUUUACCCUAGAACCCUUGAAGAACCAUCAUUUUUAAGCAUGUAGGUUUUUUACCCCCUGCCAGCAGAUCCGUUUUGUUGAGAUGAUGUAUCAGUUUUGCCCCUACAAAACAUCCUGAUUAGGACUUUGAGGCCUGUUUCCCAGACACAGAUUUAAGUCCAGCCCUAAAAGACACAACCUUCUGAAUGAAGGUUUUCCACAGAAAGAAAAACGGUCCAGGACUAGCCUUAAUCCCUGUCUGGGAAACCAACUCUGUGGGCUUGGUUAUUAGUGAGCAAAGAGCCCGUACAUUCAGGCAUAAUCUUAACAGAGGCCAUGGUUCAACUGAGUAAAUCCAAAUUUGUGAUGAUUUUGUUUACAUGGCUAGACAAGUGUAGGUCUAUCCGUCAAACACUAAAAUCAUGAUUUAGAAGAUUACAUAGUCCUAUAGCUGGGUGGAUGGACUUUACAUAAUACUUAAUACAUAAUAUUGUUUCUUUAAUUGCCCAGAAAGCGCAACAGUAUUGAUGGGCUGUUUUUAACUGCACAUAGCACAAUCGCCCAUAGAAACAUAAAACUGUGUAUUAUAAUGAAUUUCUGACUAAUUUAAAACUAAAUCUCAGUCUCCUGUGCAGGGAGUAGCUGGAUUAUAUGUGGAAUACAGACAGCAUGUUGUAGUCCUUUCUCCCUCUCCAGAUUUGACUCUGCUCAUGCAGUCUUGAUUCCAGACAGAAAAAAGAUUCUGACCUGUUGAAUUGACUAUGCUCAGUUACCCUCUAUUGCACCUUACUAUUACUAGCCCAGCGUAAUGCAUUAGACCCUGAAUGUAGACUUUGAAUUUACAUCAAAACACCAGCCUGAGUUUAGAUUUUUCACAUGUCCUCAAUGAGUCACCUUUGAAAUUUGCCUGAUGUAGAGUAUGGUCUAUAGAAACCAACAUGGAGAAAAAAAUUGACAUUAAUUCAGUUCCUAAAGCUGUGACCCUUUUCCGUUUAACAAGCAUACCCUUCACUGGAACAUUUGCUUUGUGAUUUUGGGAUUGUGGAAUAUACCAGUAUGAGAAUGUAAUAUAAAUGUGCCAACAAAUAAACAUCAGUAUUUCACAUUA